GGGGGAGAAAAGUUAUUGGACCUCCAUCUGAUACUGACUGGAAUAAAGCAAAGGUGUUUGUGAGGUUUUUAAGGCGGUUCUAUGUUCUGACAAAGAAGUUCAGUGGUUCAUAUUAUGUGACCUCAAACUUCUAUUUUCAAGACAUUUGCAAGGUUAAGCGUGAGUUGAAGACCUUGGGAUUGGGUACUUAAUUAUGAGCUUUUAAAGAAGAUGGCAGCAUCGAUGAAUCUUAAAUUUGACAAGUAUUGGGGUACUCCUGAGAAGAUGAAUCACAUGAUGUUUCUUGGCUUGAUUCUUGAUCCAAGGUACAAGAUGGAAUACGUCAAUUACUGUCUAAAGUGCAUCUAUAAUGAAAAAACAUGUACCGCCUUGUCAAAAGGUAUCGAGUCAACACUCCGGAGAUUGUACAAGCAAUAUCAUGAUUGGGCUCCACCGCCACCUCUUGCUCCACGUCAUUCUGUCCCUAGGUUUACAGAAACCUCGAUACCAUCACAGGGAUCUAGAGGAAAGAAAGCUAAAAUUCCAGGAGUUGCAAACACAAAUUCUAGUUCUAUUUCAUCACUUCGUCCUUCACUCAGUCUUGAUGAUUCAACACUAUUAUCAGGAAUGGAGGAUAUGGAUCGGGAAUAUCUCAGUUCCAAGAGCAGUGCCUUGACUUUAAACCUUAAUGAUGUUGACAGAUACCUUUCUGAUAGAUGCGAGCCAAUCACUGGAAAUGAAGAUGGAGAAGUGGGAAGUGAUCAUUUUGACAUUCUUCUUUGGUGGAAAGAAAACUCUGGUAGAUAUAAGAUCUUAUCUCAGGUUGCUAGGCAUGUGCUUGCUGUUCCCAUAUCUACCGUUGCAUCCGAGUCUGCAUUUUCUACAGGGCGUAGGGUGCUUGAUUCUUUCAGAAGUUCAUUAGCACCUAGAGUCGUUGAAUCUCUAAUCUGUUCGAAGAAUUGGUUGAAUGCCAAAGAAGAUGAAUAUAAUCCUGUGGUCUUAAAGCAACAUAUGGAUGAAGUUGAAGCUUUUGAAGACUGUUAUGAAGUUGUUACAGAUGAAGGUGUUCUCUUGAUGCCCCCGACUUUGACUAGCUCGAGUUCAAGCAACACUGGUCCAAAUGUUCAGAAUAUGACCACAAACAAUCAUCCACAUGAGCCCGAUGCAGACUAUGCAACAAUGGAUAAUAUGGAUUCCGAAGCUGCAGUGUUGGAAGAUUGAGCUAUUUAUGUUUUUCUAUCUAUUUGGCUAAACUCUUAUUUAAUCACUGGACACUAGGUUCCAUUUUGCUACUAUUACCUUGUUUAAUCAUGUACUAAUUCAGUAAUUCUAAUUCGUAACAUGAAUUUGAACUUUUCAAAUCUUUUCAAGUGUUUAAGCAUUGUAAUGUUGAUUGUGUUAGUAUA